UAUACAAACAUAUACAAACGCCUUCACUCACGUUUUAUUUGAAAAAUAACAAAAGCAUUCGUUUCCUAUUGUUCUGUUUGGCGAUUGAGAUAAAGCAGCAGUUUUUUCUUUGCAGAUGUCCACUGAAACAAAACGUCCCAGAAUGGACGGCAGCAAAUCCACAAAAAAAGGUAAAACUGACUCGCGGAAUUACUACGCAAAGGCGUACGGUUCACAUAGAAAGAACUACUUGGAACCUGGACAGCAUGGCUUUCUGGUAACGUGCAACAUGCGGGAAAAGGAUUGUAUUCGAGACAGCUUUCGGCUACUCAACGAAUACGCGGACGAGCUGUACGGGAAACUGGGAGAGGAGGAAAAAGUUUCAACCAAGGAGGAUGAUCCGGAAGAGGAGGAAGACAUUUCCGUUUUAGUUGAAAAGCAGGCAGAGACUGCUCGGACGGAAAAAAGACAGUUUCGAUUCGAGUCGGUUGAUACCGGUGCCAAGAACUGCUGUUUUAUUACCACGAUUUUGAAAGACCCGAAAGAGUUAGCACUAAGAAUUUUGCGCGAUUUGGCCGAAAGCAAGAAAUUGAAAAGUCGCAACAUUCUGCGACUCAUGCCGAUCGAGGUAGUGACGAAGGCCAAUCUAAAGGAUAUCAUCGAUGCAGCUGGUGGAUUGUUCGAUCAGUACUUUUUAAAAGAACCGAAGACCUUUGCCAUCGUAUUCAAUCGUCGGUACAAUAAUGGCCUCGAUAGGGACAGUGUGAUCAACGAGCUGGCUGGUUUGAUCAGUGCCAAGAAUAUUGGCAAUAAGGCUAAUCUAAAGCAUCCGGAUUUGGCGGUUAUUGUUGAGGUCAUCAAAGGUCUUUGUCUAAUCAGUGUUGUUCCAGAGUACUACGAACUGCGGAAGUAUAAUUUGGUGGAGAUUUGCGCUCAGAAAGAGGAAGAUGAACAGGCAAAGCAGGUCGUAGAAAGCGUCGACAAAGAAGUUGCUGAGGCUGGCGAGGAUCGAUCAGACAAAACAGAUACGAAGGAAGUAACUGACUAAACAAAAUGAUUUUUUUAUUGAUUAAAAACGACUAAUAAACACUGAAUUUCACGAA